AUGGUUAAGGAAUUAGGUGAUCAUGAAGCUCUUGAACUAUUUAGUAUGCACGCCUUUCAAAAAAAUAAACCUGAGGAAGAUUAUUCAGAACUUACUAAUCAAGUUAUAUGUUAUGCCAAGGGCAUUCCAUUAGCUCUAUCAAUAAUUGGUGCCAAUUUGUAUGGAAGAAGUGAAAUGGAAUGGAAAAGCGCAUUAGAUAAGUAUGAAAGGAUUCUUGACAAAGAUAUUCAAAAUGUACUCCAAGUAAGUUAUCAAGGAUUGGAUGAAACGGAACAAAAUAUUUUUCUCGAUCUUGCAUGUUUCUUCAAGGGUCUUUCCAAGGAUUAUGUUGUGGAUAUACUAAAUUCUUGCGAUCUAUACCCAGUUAUUGGUAUUCAAAAACUUAUUGAUAAGUGCCUUAUAAAUGUUGAUCAAUUUUACAAAUUAUGGAUGCAUGACUUGCUACAACAAAUGGGUAGAGAGAUUGUCCAACAGGAAUCACAGCAAAAACCUGAACUACGUAGUAGACUAUGGUAUUAUAAGGAUGUUUUUGAAGUACUAACGGAAAAUAAGGGAUCAGACAACAUUCGAGGCAUGAUAAUAGUCUCACCUGAACCGACAAAGUUGCAACUAGAAGCUAAUUGUUUUAAAAAGAUGAAAAAUCUCAAGUUCCUUAUGGUUGGUAAUGUAGAUAUUUGCAGGGGUCUUGAAUAUCUCCCUAAUGGAUUAAGGGUUCUUGAUUGGCUGGGGUUUCCUUUAUCCUCCUUACCAUCCAAUUUUCAUCCUCAAAAACUCGUUGCACUCAAUAUGCCACAAAGUCAGAUUAUAUUAGACAAGCUUUUCAAGAGGAUACAAAGUAAAAGCUUGACACAUAUGAAUUUUCGUAAUUGUCAAUACAUUAGGAAAUUACCGGACUUAUUGAGUGCAACCCCAAAUGUAAAGAAAUUGGAUCUCCGUGAUUGUAGAAAAUUAGUCAAGAUUCAUGACUCUAUUGGAUAUCUUGAUAAGCUUGAAAGCUGGGACCUUUGGGGUUGCUUUGAACUUCAAAUUCUUCCAAGUUGCUUUGUGAUGAAAUCUCUUAAAAUUUUAAGUCUUUUUCAUUGCAAAAGGGUUAGGAGGUUCCCCCAUAUUUCACAAGGAAUGGAAAAUUUAAAGUACCUAAAUAUAGCACACACUGCCAUUACAGAGCUUCCACCAUCAAUUGGUAAUCUCACUGGGCUUAAGCGAUUAGAUAUAGGUUCCUACUAUUCAUGUCAACUUCCAAUUAGCAUUUAUGAAUUGCAACAUCUUCGCAUACUCUGGCUUUGUGGUAAUGUCCAAUUUCCAAAGAGUGUGGGAAAUGGUAGACAAGCACGGUGCAAUUUUCUAAAAAAGUUGACUUCUUGUUUCACCCACAUAGAGAAAAGUAAAGAUUUGAACAUCCGAGAAAGCAUUAUCAAAUUCAAUAUAUUACAGGGGCUUCUAAUUAGGGAUUCCAAGUUCCUUAAAAAAAUUCCAAAGCUUCCAGAAGGUAUAAGAAGAAUAGAUGCAAAAAACUGCAUUUCGUUGAAUUCAGAAUCAUUAAGAAAAUUAAUCCUUCAGUUUGGAAGAAAGUUAGGCCUUCCACAAGAUAUGAAAUGUUUAGGUGUGAAAGGGACCGUAUUAAUGGAUUUGCAUUCACAUCGCAAAUUAUCGCAUAAGAUUGAUUUCUUUUCCCAAGUCUCCCGCUCCCAGUUUGACGUAAUGAAAGGUGAGUCCUUUCCCAGUCUAGAUGCUCAUCUGAUGAUUGAUUUUGGAGAGAGAUAUGAUAUUAGAGUACCAGGAAAGAAGAUUCCAAAGUGGUUUAACCAUAAAAGUACAGAGAGUUCCAUAUUAUUCAGAGUUGGUCCUGAAUUUCCCACAUUUGCUCUUUGUGUUGUUUUUCAUUUAGUUCCAUUGAAGGACAAUUUUGCUAAUAAUGAUAAAUAUGGUUCUGUUCAUGAUGAUAUAAUCAGUUGGGUUUGUGAUCUUAGAAUUUUCAUCAAUGGUCAUAAGCAACCUUUGAUUGAGCGGGCGUUCUUUCCGCAUCUGAAGUGUGAUCAUCUGUGGUUUUACGGUGAGCCUCACGGCCAAUUACAGAGGAAAUUCAAAGACUUGAUGCAAGGAGAUCAGAAUCAUGUUGAGAUUUCAUGUAAAAUCUCUCAUUGGACAAGUGAAUCUGGAAAAUUUGCUCCUAUGAUUGCAAGGAUGGGGGUACAUGUGGAAUGCAUUUGUUCUCCUUAGAAUUUUGUUAUUAUCCAAGACAACUCUCAAAAUGCUGAUGACUCUGAAGACACUAUGCUCACACCUUUUCUACCUCCUUGCUCCACUUCUAAUGGUUCACAUACGAAUCUUGGGUGUCUCAACGGACUCAGACACAAAAACCCUAAUAACACUAGGUGACGACAUCUAAUUCAAGGCUUCCAAUGGAUAUAGCAAGUUGGUUCGACUAAAAUUUGGGUAUUGACUCAGCAAAUGGUAAUGGGUUUAAGUUGGUUUCUUCUUCAAUAGCCCAUACCUAUCUAAAAGUAAAUAUUCCCAGAUUUGGCUGGUCAAAUUGGACUUCUGCUUGUGUCUCCACUGUCAUAUUCUUAGAUCCUGCUAACAAAUUUCCCACAGGCUUCUUCAGCAUUAUGCAGAUUUCCAAUAGGGAUCCUGUAGCCCUUCUCUUCAACUUUUUGGUUAUGAAGAUGCUGAAAGAGUGAUUGCAAGAACAGCAAGAGGCAUUCUUAUAAUGUUUCAGGUGGAGAUGUACUACAAGGUUUCACACUUCAUUAUAUAUGAUCCCAUCAUCCUCUAUUGGAGAUGUACUACUGAGCUAAGCUAUCUUAGUUUUCUGCUUCUUUGCUUUGAGAGAUUUCUGAAUUAAACAUGAAUAUGGGUUCAAGUUAAUUGGUUUGAGCAGAUGUUGAAUCGGCAGGUGUUCUGCACUGUAAGGCAGGUUCUCUUCCCAUGCCAUAUUGAGUUAGAUCUAAUAUUUUCAUAUUUGGAACCCAGAAAAAAAAAACCCUUAUUUUAUUUAAUAGAUUUUCUUGUCCUGCCUAACUUAGGCUUCUAGGAAGGGGUGCCCUGUCUCAGAUCCAAUUUUUUUCAUCCUGAUUUAUUCCCUUUUAUAUGUUCUUGUUAUGAGGCUUUAAUUAUUUUUAUUUGCAAAUGAAUUUGCAAUCAUGUUAGCAAGUCAGUGAUAAGGAAGGUGGUGGAGCCCUGUCUUAGAUCCAUUUGUAACCUUGCAUUAAGUUAAGAUGUAGUUGUAUCCGCUUCUAUGAACUCCAUUGUACCCAAAACAGAUCUUUGUUCUUUUGCAAUAGCUAUGUGAUAUCCUCUUCAUUCCUAUUUCUUGUAGUUAAAUAUUAGGCCAGACAUGAUCAUAAUUAAAAGAUCUUUUUUGUGUGCUAAUUACCUUUGAUUCUGUACUUAAAUUGAUUGUAUCUUUUUUUGCAUUAAGUUAUAUUUGGCUUUUAAGCAGUUCUCAAUACAAUGGUUUUUUUGCAACGUCAAGAGUCGUAUUUCGAUUCAGUUCUGGCAAGGAUUAUUAGCACGACUUACCGAAAUUUUUUUAGAAGGGUUAUAUGUUGAGGAUAUUAUAAGAGGUGCAUACAAUAUUCUUGUACUUUUGUUUUUCUGGUGUCACUAAGAAUGAAAGACAGCUGCUGUGACACUAAGUGCACAAAUAUAGGCAAUUAUUUCAUUUGUUUCUUAAUAGAUGGCAUUUGAGGAAAGACAGAUAGCACUUAUUUGAAGACUUUGCAAAAUGAUUUUAAACUGUUGGGGAAAUUUUUUAGCUUUGCAGAUUAUGUUGGUGUGGUUGUAGAGGAGGAGGGGGGGUGGGGUUAAAGAUAGAGGAGGAGAAAGCAGCACAAAGUUCAAGUCAUUAAACUAACUUGCAUAACUUGUAUGUAUAUAUUGGUGGGGUUAUUGUAGGUGAAGUGGAUGACCUCCAUUGCCAAUAGUGAGCUUGAUGAAAGAGUAUACGGGCAUCAUGGAUCUCCUCAAUUAGAAUGGCUUAGCUUGGGAUGAAAUUUGCAAAACAGUAGUGGCUGAUGUUGAGCUUUGGGUAGCUAAUAUCAAGGAUCAUCCGGAUGCAACUGCAUACCAAGAUAGGAUCUCAUAUUUGUGAUUUGUGCUUCAUUAAUGUUAAUGAAAGUUAGGAUGGAAGAUCAAGUUGUUUGGACAAGAAAAUGGAGGUCAACAAUAAUGCCUUUCUGAUGGGAUCAAUGAUAUCUUGGGAUAUGCAAUAUCCAACUAGAGAGUUUGAAAUAUCUUAUCAGAGGAAAAAACAGAAAGUCUGUAACUUCUUAAGCCUCAGCAUGUUCUCGAAAAGUUCAGAGAACAUCUAUGAAGAUAUACAAGAAGCAGUUGACGAAAAGCCAUGAGUAGUCAAAACUGAUUUGGGUACUGGGUACUGAGAAGGACAAAGACUACAAUUCAAUAGAAUGUAUUGUCACAACACUUUAAAUUGUUCCUGAGAUAGAUAAGAAGCUCUCUUUGGAGGCUUGUGAAAUUUUUGAAGAUGAGAGAAUGGCCAAGAAUUUUGCAGUGAGGAAAUGGAUACUGAGAAAGCUUUGACAGUGCAUAUAUUCUGUUUGUCAGUUUGGAAUUUAAUUUAGGUAUGGUUCCAAAGUUUUGUCAAUGUAAUGUUAUUUUAUCAAUACAAUUUUCUGCAUGAUUCCAUUGACAUAGUCAAAUUAUUUUCAAGUGCUGAA